GCACUUUUGCUUCGCCAACCUCAGUUGAACAUGCUCGCCCGCUCUAUCUCCGCCCGCUUCUUCAGCGCCGCCGCUGCCGGCAAGAAGGUUGCCGUCCUCGGCGCCGCCGGUGGCAUUGGCCAGCCCAUGAGCUUGCUGCUCAAGGACUCGGACCACAUCUCGCACUUGUCGCUCUUUGAUGUCGUCAACACGCCCGGUGCUGAGACUAUGUCUCGCACUGCAACACGCGCGCUACGGUCACGGGCGUCGCCGGCAUGGAGAACAUUGAGGAGGCUCUUACGGGCAUGGACGUUGUCGUCAUUCCCGCUGGUGUCCCGCGCAAGCCUGGCAUGACGCGCGACGACUUGUUCAACACGAACGCGUCGAUCGUCCAGUCGUUGGCGUCUGCGUGUGCCAAGUACUGCCCGGAGGCCAUGAUGCUCAUCAUCGCCAACCCGGUCAACUCGACGGUCCCGAUUGUCGCCGAAACGUUCAAGAAGGCUGGUGUCUACAACCCCAAGCGCCUUUUCGGUGUGACUACGUUGGACGUUGUUCGCGCCAACACGUUUGUCGGCCAGUCGCAGGGCUGGAACCCGCGCACGACCAACGUGACGGUCAUUGGCGGCCACGCCGGCACCACCAUCUUGCCGCUCCUUUCGCACCUCAAGCUCGACCGCCAGUGGUCGGACGAUGAGCUCCACGCCUUGAUCAAGCGCAUUCAGUUUGGCGGUGACGAGGUUGUCCAGGCCAAGAACGGCGCUGGCUCGGCUACGCUCUCCAUGGCGUAUGCUGGUGCCCGCUUCACGACGCGCCUCUUGGACGCCAUGACCGGCGCCAAGGAUGUUGUCGAGUGCUCGUACACGCAGAACGACGUCACGAGCCUCCCGUUCUUCUCGACGCCCGUCACGCUCGGCCCCAACGGUGUCGAGAAGGUCCACCACUUUGGCUCGUUGAACGCCGUUGAACAGGCCAACUUUGACGCCAUGUUGCCUGACUUGGAGAAGCAGAUCGCCAAGGGUGUCGCGUUCGUCAACAAGAACUAAGCGACAUGAAUACACAAGACCUUUUUCUUGAUCUA